AGAGCCAGAAGAUGAUUCUAAAAUUCUGAAGGGAUUUACAUUAAUACUGGAGUUGAAUGCAACUGAUGAUGACUUUCCCAACGCAAACGCGAUUUAGCUGUAAGGGGUCCAGGAAAGGUAAAACAUCAGAAUGUGCACAAGUGGAAAUGGCUUCUGAGUUUGCUGUGUCUGAAGUCUUCUCUAGCAAGAAAACAAAAUCAAGAACAAACAGCAUGUCUGCACCAUUACAAUGUUCUGACCAGCUAAUAUAUCAUGACUCACACAGUGAAGCUCGGGCUGUUUUAGAUGAUUGGAUGAACAGUAAAUUGCAGCUGGAUUUGGAGAUGGAUGAAGACCUAACCUCCUCCGCUGUCAACAACAGCGCUGCUCCACUGAUUAGUUCUCAGCCCACUACGCUGGAUGACAACAACUUUAAAGAUCUGUAUAAGCGCCUGGCUGAGGAAGACGAACAUGGUGCUGUUACUAACCUCUUACAAGACCUCAUGGAGCACAAAGUAUUGGGAACCAGGAUGAAGAAGGACCUAUCAUUGGACAAUGGACAAACGAGGAAGAAAAUGAGAGACCCAAUAAUGAUCAUGGACGCAAGACACCAACAGGUUCGAGAGAACAGGGUGCUACGGGAUGCAGAGAGACGGAGGCAGCAGACAGAGAAGGAUGCUCAACGGGAGGCAAAAAGAAGAGAACGAGAGGAGGAGAGGAGAAGGCAGGAGGUGCAUAAGUACAUGGAGGUGAUGAAACAUGAGAUGGGGAGACUGCGACGGCAGAUGGAGAUAAAGAAAGGCCUGGAAAAGUUGACUAGCCAGAGAGAGCAAGGGCAGCUGGAAGGUCAGAGAGCAGCAAGGAGCCUCCAGUCAGGUCCACCACCUCCUACAAAACUGCAACCUUGCAUGGCGGAGCAGAUAUAUGAAGAGGAGGAAGUUAAAUCCAUGGCUCAUAUGCAAAAUCUCUAGUGCCUGCAGAGCCAUUUCUUCAGAUGGUUUUCAGUGGUGCUGAAUCGAAGGUUACAAAUGGAUAAGGCCAUGGCCCUCUGUGACUGGAAGAGGAAGCUGAGAGCAUGGCGAGCGUGGAGAAAAGUGGUGUGGGCAGAACAAAAUCGCAGAGAAGUGGAGAAGACACGGGAGGAGCUACGAGCUGAAAACAGGCGGUGGCAGCUGGCCACAGAAAACGACCAGAGGCGAUUGCUACAACGAUUUUUUAAUGAAUGGCAACUGUGGUGUCGGAUGGAGAGAGAAAAACGAGAGCUCUUGGCACAGAAGAGAGACAUCAAAGAGAAGAUGGUGACUUUAAUCGCUGCUGUGUCAACGGGCAAAGUUGCAGCCGGUGGAGCCAAAGCCCAUAAAACAACAGCGGCCGUACAUGAGACACUGAAGCAACCUGAAGCCACAGAGAAGUGUAGAGCAGCAGCUUUCAUCAGAUCAGAUCAUCAGCAUCAGAUCAUUGCUAAGCAGAGGAGGCUGAUCAAGGAGCAGCAACAGCAGAUUUCACAACUAAAAGAUGAGCAAAGCAGGACUGGUUUAGAAGUGCAGCAACCUCCACAGCUUACCCAGAAAUUGUUUCCAAAUGUUUCAAAGCCAAAGAGCCACAACUCUGAAACACCGCAGCAAAGGGCACUGAGCUUUACUGAAGAACCUGACAGUCACUCUGCACCUGUACAAAAAACUGUCACACGCCCACAUCCAAUCAUCACAGCCAUGGAGGAGCGUGCACGUCAACGUGCAGAACGAAAGAGGGAGAUUGAGGAACUGAAGAGAAAGAAGCAAGAGGCAAAACUGGCAGAGAUGAAAGCUGCUCAUGAGCAGAGACAGAGGGAGGAGGAGGAGGAGAAACGCAGAGUGGCAGAAAGGAGGAAGGAGGAAAAGCGGCAAGAGAGACAGAGGGAAGAAGAAAAGCAGAGACAACUGAAAAGGCUGCAAGAACUUCAAGGUCUAGCCCACCAACACUACAAACGCUUCUUGUUACUACAGUGUGGCAUUGCACCAUGGAAACAUCUCAUUCAGCUCAGACGCUCCAACAUACAGCUGGCUGAGAGUCAUCACAAUCUCAUCCUCUUGAGGCAGUUCACAUUAUGCUGGCAGCAGUCGGCGAGAGAAUCCGUGUCUCGAAAGGAAGCAUCUGCUGACCAACUGCACCAGCAUGUUCUCCUUCAAAGGAGCGUAAGCUGCUGGAAGAGACUGAUGGAAUGGCGAAUGCAUCAGACAGAGCGAGCAGAGCGUUUCGAUCACACCCGCACACUGAGAAAGGUUCUACGGGCGCUGUGUGUCCAUGUGACCCUGGAGAGGCAGUUGGAGUUGGACUGUCAAGAGCGGGCUCAGAAACACGAUGACAGCCGGGUGUUGCGGAGAUGUUUCUUGGCCUGGACCCAGUUUCCUUGUCUGCUGCAGCGAGAGAGAGAGAGUGCAAUGCGUCGAGAGAAGUUGGGAAGAAAAGUGGCCGAGGUUCUCCCAAACUUUGGCUUCUCGCCACUGUAACGCCACUGUGGAAUAUAUCACUGUACGACAUAAAACACUUACCCACAGGAAA